CCCACAGCACUAAGAGAAACAACAUUAAUUUUUUUCUUUUGCUCAAAGGUGAGAGAGAGAGAGAGAGGAGGGAGAAAAACAAACGACACAAGAGACAGAGAGACCUUGUUGAAUUGAGUGGUAUUCCAACGUCGAAAGCAGAUAGAGAAUCUGCGUCCAAGACACAGCUUUCUUUUCAUCUGACAAAACAAAAUUGACAGCUGUAUGUAUAUAAGCUUGUACGGUUAGUGGGGUUGGAACAUUGCAAUUUGCAACAAACUAGCUAUGUGUUUGUUUAUCUUAUAUUAAUUCAUGUUUAUGUUUCUUCAACUCCUUCCUGUGCAGAAUUUUCAUGUUUUGGAAAGUGUUCUGUUUCUGUGAUAUUUUCUAUCUUCUUCAGCUUCUGUAUUAGAAGGAGUAAAAGACAUAAAUAACAAAGGCUUUUCUGUGUAGAAUGGGUGCAGUUUGUUGGCCAUAUUUUGAUCCUGAGUAUGAGAAUUUCAGCAACAGAAUCAACCCUCCAAGGGUAUCAGUGGACAAUUCUAGUUGCCAUAACUGUACACUAAUCAAGUUUGAUAGUGUUAACAAACCUGGAAUUCUGCUGGAAGUUGUGCAAAUUUUGACAGACCUUGACUUUAUAAUUACCAAAGCUUACAUAUCUUCUGAUGGGGGAUGGUUCAUGGAUGUAUUUCAUGUCACGGAUCAGCAUGGGAAAAAGAUAACAGAUGACAAAACCAUUGACCUCAUUGAAAAGGCUCUAGGACCGAAAAGCCAGAGUAAAGAAGGAGUGAAGAGUUGGACCGGAAAACGGGUUGGGGUGCAUUCCGUUGGCGAUCAUAUAGCCAUUGAGCUAAUCGGGAGAGACCGCCCCGGUCUCUUGUCUGAGAUCUCAGCUGUUCUUGCCAGCCUCCAUUUUAACGUGGUUGUAGCUGAAGUUUGGACUCAUAACCGAAGAAUAGCUUGCGUCCUUUAUGUCAAUGAUGGUACGAGAAAAGCCGUGGACGAUCCAAAAAGAUUGUCUCUUGUGGAGGAGCAGCUCAAUAACAUCUUACGCGGAUGCGAGGAUGGUGAUAAAGUUGCUAGUAGAACUAGUCUCUCCAUGAGUUUCACCCAUAUCGAUAGGCGACUCCACCAGAUGUUGUUUGCUGAUCGAGAUUAUGAAAGUUCUGGAGUAACCACGACAGAAAGUGAAUGUCCUCCCUCUUUCUGGCCAAAAAUAGCGAUAGAAUGUUGCGAGGAAAAAGGUUACUCAGUGGUUAGUGUCAGGUGCAAAGAUCGCGCAAAACUCAUGUUUGACAUUGUUUGCACUCUUACUGAUAUGCAAUAUGUUGUUUCCCAUGCCACAAUCUCAUCAGACAAACCUUAUGCAUCCCAGGAAUACUUUAUUCGGCACAUGGACGGAUGCACGCUUGAUACAGAAGGAGAGAAAGAAAGGGUCAUCAAAUGCAUCGAAGCUGCUAUUCAAAGAAGAGUAAGCGAGGGUGUGAGCCUUGAGUUGUGUGCAAAGGAUAGAGUGGGAUUGCUGUCUGAAGUAACAAGGAUUCUAAGAGAGAAUGGCCUGACAGUUUGUAGGGCAGGUAUAUCAACUAGAGGGGAGCAAGCACUUAAUGUCUUCUAUGUGAGGGAUGCAUCAGGGAACUCAGUGGACAUGAAAACUAUAGAAGCUCUUCGUAAAGAAAUAGGCAAGACAAUGAUGGUAGAUGUUAAGAAGGUACCAACCUAUGACAAAGAACCAGAGACAAAAGGAUGGGCUAAAACUAGCUUCUUCUUUGGUAACUUGUUGGAAAGGUUCUUGGCUUAACAAUCAUGCAUCUAGUUUUGGUUAUUAAUAAAGAGGCAUCAUGAUGUAUAGAAGAAUAAAUCUGUGUGUCUCAAGCAUAGGCAGUGCUUGGACUUUGGCCCCUUUUUGUGUAUCAGAAUAAUGCUUGUAACUUAUAUUUCGCGUCCUAUAUCUUCCUGUUUCUGUUUA